AUGCCUUUUCAGUCUCCAUAUCCACAAUUGACCAUUCCAAAAUGCAACAUUCUCGAUUACGUCUUUCCGACGAGCAAACCUCUCUCGAAUGCACCAAUAUGGAUGGAGGCGGCCGACCCGUCCAAUAGCUUGUCCCAAUCGCAGAUGCUCUCGUGGGUCAAGAGGUUUGCUCUCGGUCUGGACAGGUUUGGAAUACAAGAGGGACGGACCAUCAUGGUUUUCACGCCGAACCAUAUCUACGUUCCCAUGGCCUAUCUCGCUGCAGCUGGGUCGAAGAGGAUCUUUACUGGCGCGAAUCCCAUAUAUACCGUGGAUGAAGUGGCCUUUCAAAUGAAGACUAUCGAAGCAGCCCUCGUUCUCAUACACCCUUCUCUGCUCGAGACCGGACUGAAGGCGGUAGAGCAAGCGCAAAUUCCUGUCAGUCGCGUUUUCCAGUUUGCGGCUGUCGAGUGUUCUGUGUCUCGCGGGAUAAAAGACUGGAGGACGUUAGUAGCAUCGACCCAGGAUGCUGAAACAUAUAGUUUUGAUCCACUCUUGGGAGAUGCCUCAAUCGAAACCAUAGCGGCAAUCAACUUUUCAAGUGGUACUACGGGUCUACCGAAAGGUGUCUGUGUGUCGCACCACAAUAUCGUCUCCAAUGCGGCACAGUGUCUCUACAGCAAGUUCCAUGGUACAGAACAGACCGAGAGCGAUCCAGGAGAAGAGAGGUGGCUUGCCUUCUUGCCACUCUAUCACGCCUACUCUCAGUUAUUCUCAAUCGGCAUCGCGGGCAGGCUACAAAUACCAGUCUACGUGAUGGCGAAGUUUUCUUUCGAGGAGUUUCUCAGUUACAUCGAGAGGUUCAAGAUUACAACUCUACAAACAGUUCCACCCAUCCUCGUCAUGCUCAGUAAGAGGCCGGAAGCGACUAAAUACGAUAUCAGUAGCGUUCGCCACAUUUUAUGCGGUGCCGCGCCGCUGUCGCGCGAGUUACAAAAUGAGAUCAGCACUCGGUAUAAGGUCGUUGUUGCUCAGGGCUGGGGUAUGACUGAAACCACUUCUGCGGGCGCGCUUACGCCAGGGAUGAUGCAAGAUCAGACAGGGAGCAUCGGGUUUCUCCUUCCUAACACAGAAGCGAUGCUGGUGAAUGAGGAUGGGAAAGAGAACAUGAAGGAAGGAGACCCCGGAGAGCUUUACAUCAGAGGCCCGCAGAUCAUGCUGAAGUACUGGAAAAAUGAGAAGGCCACCAAGGAGAGCAUUACGCCAGAUGGUUGGUUGAGAACUGGAGACGUCGCAGUAAUAAAGCAGGACAAGAUCUGGCUAGUGGACAGGAAAAAGGAAUUAAUCAAGGUGAACGGGCUACAGGUUGCACCCGCCGAACUGGAAGCCAUUCUUCUGGAGAAUGAAGCCGUGGCCGAUGCUGGUGUGACAGGUAUUACUGUGCACGGUCAAGAGCUACCCAGGGCGUAUGUCGUGCCGCAGCAGGGAAGCGAAAUCACGACCGACGAUGUCCAGAACUUCGUGGCGAAGCAAGUGGCCAAACACAAGAGAUUGACCGGAGGCGCCGUCUUUGUCGACGAGAUACCUCGACUACCAAGUGGUAAGAUAGUCAGGAAACUACUGAAAGAGUGGGGGAAAAGAGAUGCCGAAGCUAUAGAAGGAAGAACCAGAGCCAAACUGUAA